UGGAAAUCUCACCAACCUGCACUUUCUUGAUUUGAGUGGGAAUGAAUUCUGCCACCUUUGGACAUCAAUUUGUUUUCUGAACUGCCAUUACUAGAACAUCUUGACAUGGGUAAUGUUUAUUUUGGCCAACCACAGAAUUUGCUCCAGGUUAGCAUUAACCUCACAAGUGCUCCUAAACUUCAGUUUCUCGGUCUUGCCGGCAACGGGCUUACAGAGUCGGCUCUCGAUGCUUUACAAAACAUGACAUCUCUUGUGCAUCUUGAUCUUUCAAAUAACUAUCUUACUUCAUUUCCAUCAUUGUCAGGCAACUUUGAGAAGCUGGAGUCUCUUGAUCUUUCAAAUUGUGGCCUUCAUGGUUCAAUUCCAAAUGCUUUCAAGAAUGCAACUUCCAUUGAAUUCCUCUCCUUUGAGGGGAAUAAUUUUGACUCUGCUCCACUCUGGUUCCACAAAUUUGAGAAAAUCAAGUAUCUUGAUUUCUCAUUUAACAGGUUUCGAGGUCCAAUACCUAAUGUUUUACAAAACAUGUCUUCUUUUGAGUCCCUUGACCUUUCAUUCAACUACUUCACUUCAAUUCCAUCUUGGUUUCACAAGUUUGAGAAACUUAAGCAUCUUGAUCUUUCAUAUAAUGGGUUUCGGGGUCCCAUUCCCAAUGCUUUACAAAACAUGACCACCAUUGAAUCUCUUGACCUUUCCAAUAACUCUUUCACUUCAGUUCCAUAUUGGUUUGUUGAGUUAAAGACACUUCUCAACCUUGAUCUUUCAGUCAAUGAUUUAACAUUCAUGGAAUGUUCUAUCAAGUUAAUCUUGGGAAGGAUGUGUCAUUUGAAAAGGUUAGAUUUUACAAGAAACAAGCUUCGAAAAGAAUCAAUUGGACACAAUGGGGAGUUGUCUACCUGCAUCAUACAUGAUUUGGAGAUCCUAAAUUUGGGUUAUAAUGAAUUUAAUGAUCAAUUGCCAUCUUGGAUAGGGCAACUUGAAAAUCUAAAGUCCCUUGAUCUAUUUGCAAAUUUUUUCUAUGGUCCCAUUCCCUCUUCUUUUAACAAAUUACUGAAAUUGAAGUUGUUAGAUCUAUCCUAUAACAUGUUAGAAGGGGCCCUUCCUAAUUUUUUGGGACAACUUGAGAAUCUUACCUCCUUAAGACUUUCAAGUAAUAGUUUUAAUGGAACCAUACCUCAAAAUCUUAUUCAACUUGUAAAUCUAUUUGAACUUGAUCUUUCAAAUAACUAUUUGAAGGGACUCAUACCAAAAAAAAUUGGUCAACUUAUAAAUUUAGAAUAUCUUAUUCUUUCAAAUAAUUAUUUUGUAGGACCAAUUCCUGAAAGUCUUCUUCGACUUGUUGUCUUACGGGAACUUGAUCUUUCAAAUAAUUAUUUGAAUGGAACUAUUCCUACAAGUAUUAAUCAACUUGUAUAUUUGAAUAGCCUUGAUCUUUCAAGAAAUAAACUGCAUGGCAACUUUGAUCUUAGUCAAUUUGUGUAUUUGUCACACUUAGAUCUGUCUUCAAAUAAUUUGGAUGGUGCCAUUAUGGUGGGAAAUGAUUUGUCUUCAAUUUUACCAAAUAUGUGGUACUUGAAUCUCUCCCAUAAUCAAUUCAGUGGUACACUUCCUGAUCAUUUUGGCCAAAUAAUGCCUUAUCUGAAUUUCUUGCUUCUUGGAAAUAACCUUUUAAAUGGUUCAAUUCCCAAAUCAUUAUGUCAAAUUGAACUAGGUAUCCUUGACCUUUCAAAGAACAAGCUAUCUGGUGAAAUUCCAAAUUGUUGGAAGGAUAAUGAAAGAUGGAAAGAAAUAAACUUGUCAUUCAACAAACUCUCUGGAGAUUUUCCAAGCUCAUUUGGGAACCUUUCUUCUUUGUUAUGGUUGCAUUUAAACAAUAACAACCUUCAAGGGGAGCUUCCAAUGAUUGUGAGAAAUCUAAAGCUGCUAUUGAUUUUGGAUGCUGGAGAUAAUCAACUUUCUGGCAGGAUUCCAUCAUGGACUGAACAGACGUUUCCUUCACUACAUGUUUUAAGAUUGCGAAAAAACAUGUUGAGUGGUAGAAUUCCUUCACAGCUAUGCAAUCUAUCAUCACUUAGAAUUCUUGACCUUUCCCUCAACAAUUUGUAUGGUUCAAUACCGUGGUGUAUAGGCAAUCUUCGAGGUAUGACUCUCAACAAAUCUACAACAAUUCCUUUUGCAGUAGCACCACCACGACCACAACCACCAUCACCACCUUCUUUCAAGCCAGAGUGGUCAAAGGAGGAUGUUAGAGAGGUCAUGAAGGGAAGAGAACUUGAAUACAUAAAAAUCUUGGAGCUUGUAGUCAUCAUGGACUUGUCAGAAAACAAUUUGGAUGACUCCAUUCCCAUUGGAAUAACUUUGCUCAAUGGAUUGCAUGGCUUGAAUCUAUCAAACAACAAUUUGAUUGGAGAGAUUCCUAACAUGAUAGGGAAUAUGAAAUCAUUGGAAUCGUUUGAUGUAUCAAACAACAAACUCUCAGGCUCAAUUCCAAUUAGCAUGGCAGCUUUAACUUCCUUAAGCUAUUUAAACUUGGGACACAAUAACUUGUCAGGACCAAUUCCCACAAGCUACCAGUUUUCAACUUUUGACUCGUCUACUUAUGAUGGCAACCCAUUUCUCUGUGGACCUCCAUUGAUUAAAAUGUGUCCUGGCCAUGGUUCCGGCCAAGAUCUUCGAGAAAGAGAAUUCGAAGAUAAAGAUGAUGAAACAAAUAAGUUGGAAAAAUGGUUGUUCUUCUUAGUCAUUGCAAUUGGUUUUGCAACGGGGUUUUGGGGAGUUAUUGGAACUUUGUGGUUCAAGAAAAGUUGGAGGCAUGCUUACUUCAGAAGGGUGGAAGAUAUAGCUGACAUAAUCUAUGUGGUAACUAUGAUACGAAUGGCAAGAAACCGUGUUGAUAAUUGAUGUGUUUGUUUUCUUUUUUUCUGUCUUAUCCUAAAUGUUUUAGUGGCAAUUUCAACGUGGUUUGUUACAAAUGUAUGCAUUGAUUGUAAUUAAGGUUACCUUGUUUAUA